UGAACCGCCCGCGUUCUGGACCCAAGUACCGCCCACCGUACACGACAGUAACCCAGAAUGUCGCGAGGAGGUCGCGGUGGGGGCCGAGGAGGGCGAGGAGGUCUUGGUGGUAGAGGAGGUUUCGGGGGAGGGGCUACCCUCCCACCGAUGGGUCUGACGUUUGCAGACAUCCAGAACAUGUCCCGAGACGAGUCGCAACUGUAUCCUUCUUUAGAUCCUCUUCCGCUACUCACAGAAUAUAGCGAGGAAGAAAGAGAGAUCGCCCAGCUUCAGAUAGGCUUCGCGACUCGUCUUCGCCGGUCUGCUUACUAUGUCAUUGAGACUACGAAGUCGACUGACUUACCGCGAUAUUCGGAUAAGUAUAGGUCAUCACCAGCUGCUCAGCCCACAUUGAAGCGCAAAGACUUACAUCGGCCAUUCUUUCCGCAAGAGACAUUCGAGGACUACUUCAAUCCAAAGAGACGAAAGACUUCUGAGCGCAAGUCCAUUAAGAAGAUCAGUCUUGACAAGCUGGUUGACGACGCAGCUGAUGCAGAGCAAUCAGACGCUGAGCGAUCAGAGGCUGCUUCGGAGGCUGCAGAGGAAGACUACGAUGUUGACGAAGAGUAUGACAAUGAUUACGCUGAAAACUACUUCGACAAUGGAGAAGGGGAUGACGAUGACCUCCAGGGAGGUGGAGGGGGCGAUGAAGGAGGUGGCGAUUACGACUAGGCUGGCAUAACAUUGAAAUGUCUCCGUGCUACAACAAAAUUGUCCCAGUG